CAUCAACCUCAUUAUUGCAUUUAUUAGAGAUCAGUGAUCACCUCCUUUUCAUUUAUGGUAAAAACCAACCCUUUCUCCUACUCUCAUGGAAAAAGUAGUCACAUCAAAAUUUCCAAACCAAUCUCAAAACCAAAACAAGAAUCUUUCUUUGGUGCCUCUUGAAAUAGAUAAGUCCUAUGAGAAGAGAGAAGAGAGUAUUAUGAAGAUUCCAAAAAUAACAACCAAGAAUGAGAAAAAAUUUCUUGGGGUGAGACAUAGGCCUUCAGGAAGAUGGAUUGCUGAGAUCAAGGACUCAUCACAGAAACUGAGGCUUUGGUUAGGAACUUUUGACAGAGCAGAAGAUGCUGCCAUGGCUUAUGAUUGUGCUGCAAGGCUUCUUAGAGGAAGAAAUGCCAAAACAAACUUUCCAAACCCGGGAAUCAUGAACACUCAUGAGGAAAGCUACACCAUUUUGGGAAAGAAUCCUAGGGCUUACAAGCUUCUUAUGCAUGCAGUCAAGAAGAACCAUGCACUUUCCUCAUCUGUUUAUUCCACAGUCAUGCCUUGGAAAAAUCAGAUCAUGAGAGACGAAUUUGACACUCUUGUUGAGGAAACAAUAGUUUGCUCCAUUCCUGAAGAAGGUUCUGGGUGUUGUGAAAUUUCAUUUGGAAGUUCUAAGGUUUAUUCUUCUGUUGUUGUAGCUCCUUCUUUCAGUUCUUCUCAUUGUCAAACAGGUGAAGAUCAUUAAGAAAACCCCUAGCCCCUAGGCAUGUAUGUGUUAAGUGUAGUUUUUACCAUGUUAUGUCUUAAUUCCUUCAAACCUAUAUUGCUUCACAAAUAGUUGUUUGCAAGAUUGACAAACAGAUAUCAAACUCCACUCAUCUUCACUAUAUAUCUAAUAUGCCGUUACAUGCAUGUCAUCUUUUUGGAAAAGAUGUAGUAUUCUUAUAUUGUUUUCCUUUACAUAUUAAUAUGUAUAUAACUCUUCUUUUCUAGAUUAGCUAAAACCAGAUAGGGAAA